UUUCAAGAAAUAAUGAGACGACGACAAGGAGAAAGGAAAAAAAUAUGAAAAACUAUAUUACUAAAUUACCCGAUCUUCGUCGUUUGAACUGUGGAUUUACCAAAAAUAUUUCUAUCAUUCCUUUAGCAACUUUAUUAGUGUCAACAUUACCUUUGUUGACACAUUUAUCUAUUGCAGGAUGUUCUGAUUUUGAGUCCGGUCCAUAUGCAUUAAGAAUUAUUUCUCGAUUAAUUAAUCUUUUAUUUUUGGAUAUAUCUUAUUGUGAAUGGAUAAAUAAUAAUAUUUUAUUACAAUUCAUAAAUUGGGAAAAAGAUUUGAAGUCACUUAAAUUAUUAGUUGCAGUUGGAUGUUUCAAUUUAAAUGAUCCUGAAGGAAUUAAGAAACAAUUAGGCAUUCAUCGAAAAAGAUUUGAGCUUUGGACAGAAAUUAAA